AUGAUGUUACUUUGUUUCUCUAUUCAAUAUCAUAUACUUGGACUCGGCCCCAUUCCAUAUAUAUAUCCAAACGAAGUAUUUACAAUUGAUAUGCGACCAGCGGCUCUAUCAAUAUCAAUAUUUGCUAGUUGGUUAUGUAAUACAAUCAUCAAUGUAUUAUUUCCAUUGUUAAAAUCAGUGUUGGCUGGAUAUACUUUUCUUAUUUUUUGCCUUUUCUGUACAAUAGCUUUUGCUCUUCUUUGGUUUAAAAUGCCUGAGACAAAACGUAAGAAGUUAUCCGAAAUCGAAGCCUAUUGGGCUUACAUUAAUUGA